AUGGCGAUUCGAGUAUACAAGUCAAUUGACAGACUUGGUAACGAUGUGCAUCGUCUGCUGCAUCAUCUUUGUGCUCUGAUCACCUUCUUCUCUAGUAAAACUCUUCCUUCAAUAAUUCAAUGUCUUAUGGCCAAAUCAUUGAAACAGCCCUUCUUCGGUCUCAGAGGAGGAUGGCUUACAUUCUGGAUAACAGUUCGUCACGCAACGCAACCCCUCACUUACACCUUCCAACCAUCCCAGGUUGCAUGCGCAACUGACAUGACACUCUUUGGCUACUACCAAGGAGUCUUCAGUGGUGUUGUCGUAACUCAAGACUUUCUCAAGCUUCACAACCUUGUCGGUCCAACAAAGACGAACGUCCUUGCUACUGUAACUGCAAUCUAUGACAUCGGUUGCUUUGUUGGCGCUGUCAUUGCGCUCACUAUUGGCGAAAAGCUCGGAAGGAAGAAGGUCAUUAUUGUUGGUACAGUGAUCAUGUCGAUCGGCACCAUUAUAAAGGUUACAUCUUAUAGUCUUCCGCAGAUGAUCGUCGGGAGGGUAGUUCUUGGGGAAUGGUAUAAACACCGCUACAGCACCGAUAUGGCAGACUGA